UCCAGAGCGUGCACGCACGCGUUUAUCCCCACCUCUCAAUGUAUUUCCAGCGUCUGCCGGACCUGUACAGACACCGCGUCGGAUUGCGAAUACAGAUGGAGAUUUUACUGAUGUCUGAUGGCCACCGGCGCACCCGAGCCGCGCGAAAGCACACAAGUCAACUAUGAUACGCGCGAGACACUGGCAUGUGUCAGGAGUGCCAAGCUGUGCGCUGACGGGGAACAUAGACGAACCGGCUGAGAAAGAGAUUUGUUUGGAUAUCACAGGAAAAGCUGCCCGUGGAAAUGAGUCCUGAAGAGAAACCAAAGAGGCACUUUACUACUGUGUGUCUAUGGAGAGAGAAGUGCAGACUUUCUGUUUUCUCUACGAGAAAAGGAAACUUAAAUGACUUCUGAACAUAAAGCUCGCCUCUGAUCUGAAUGGUAUCAUGGCUUCUCCUCAACAUCAACAUCUGCUGUUUCACAACAGCGAAGUAAGCUGCGACUCCAGCGGUGAUGGUGCUGUGUCUGUGCGGAUCAGCAGCACAAAGCCGCACAAACAGCAGCGUGGGAGUCUGGGCGCCAGCGCCAUGUGCAGCAUCAUCGGGGGCUCCAAACAUUGCAAGUACAGCAUCUCCUCCAGCUGUAGCUCAGGUGAAACUGCCAUCCGCAAACCAGUGGUCAAAGGCCUCCGGACUCAAAGGAAGAUGCCGCAGCUGUUUGAGAGGUCGGCUGGACACUUCUGGAACCCCAAGUUUGACUCCAACAUUCUGGAGGAAGCCUGCCGCGAGCGUUGCUUCCCUCAGACGCAAAGACGUUUCCGCUGUGUGUUGUUGUACUUGGUGGCAGCCAGCCUCCUCUGGGGGCUGUUCUUCAUCGCUAAUGCUAAUCGAUGUGAACGGACUGCCUUCUUAUUGCCCACGGCCUCCUUCCUACUCCUUUGUUCUGUCCUGUUUGUCUUCACGUUCACCCGGUUCUACGUCCACUGCUACAAUCAAGCCUCACUGUUGCUCAUCGUGGUGACAUUUGCCCUCACUCUUGCACCUCAGAUCCAGACUCCAGGAUUUAGUGACUUUAAUGUUCCUCCUUUGAAGGAUGAAGAGAACACAGGCAACUUCAGUGGCACUGAGGAUAAAAACCUGACGUCUGAAGUUGCCCACAGUGGAGGUCCAGUAGCCCCUUGUUUGUCCCCAGUUGGCACCUUCUCUCUAGGCAUGGAGGUGCUUUCGUUGCUCUACAGUUUCCUCCACGUCCGUUUUUAUGCUUCGCUCCUGCUCGGCCUGCUCUACUCAGUGCUUUUUGAGACGCUUGGCUGGAUGCACUUGAUUCAAGGCAAUGGUUGGAGAAACUCCACCGAGGAACAUUUGGAAACACUCUACUGGCUGAUCCCUGGAAGAGCCAUUUUGCAUCUCUGCGCCCACGUCAUUGGCAUCCACCUUUUUAUUAUGUCCGAAGUGCGUUCACGCAGCACGUUCCUCAAGGUCGGCCAAGCCAUCAUGCAUGGGAAAGACUUGGAGGUGGAAAAGGCCCUGAAGGAGCGGAUGAUCCACUCGGUGAUGCCUCGUAGGGUGGCUGAUGAGCUCAUGAAGCAGGGCGACGACGACAGUGACUAUUCGGUUAAGCGCUACUCGACGGGAUCGGCUAUUGCAGGCGCCUCCAGUCCUAAGAGCACCAAACGCAAGAAGACAUCGAUUCCUCGGGGUCAGAUCAUCUUUCGGCCGUUUAACAUGAAACGCAUGGAGCCGGUCAGCAUACUGUUCGCGGACAUUGUGGGAUUCACCAAGAUGAGCGCCAACAAGUCGGCGCAUGCCCUGGUGGGACUCCUCAAUGACUUAUUUGGACGCUUCGAUCGCCUGUGCGAGCUCGCGUGUUGCGAGAAGAUCAGCACGCUGGGAGACUGUUACUAUUGCGUGGCUGGUUGUCCUGAACCACGAGAGGACCACGCCUACUGUUGCAUAGAGAUGGGGCUUGGGAUGAUCCAGGCCAUUGAGCAGUUCUGUCAAGAAAAAAAGGAGAUGGUGAACAUGCGCGUUGGCGUCCACACGGGCACCGUGCUUUGCGGGAUCCUCGGCAUGAAGCGGUUUAAAUUCGACGUCUGGUCCAAUGAUGUCAACCUAGCCAAUCUCAUGGAGCAGUUGGGUGUUGCCGGGAAGGUUCACCUUUCGGAGGCCACGGACAAGUUCUUGGAUGACCGGUACUUGCGAGAAGAUGGCCGAGUCCCAGAAAGGAUUGGACCAAGUGUGGUUGCAGAUCAGCUUAAAGGUCUUAAGACGUAUCUGAUAUCCGGUAGGAAGGUGAAGCACGCCCAGUGGAGCUGCCCUCCAUCUGCUGUGGUGGCUCCUGAGCUCAGAAAGUCUCUGAGCACCUCGUCCUUCAGCCACAGCCCUGACAUCACAUCCUCCGCCUGCGCUCUGACCCCUGCCCCGGACAGAGCUAAGUCUGCCUGUCCCUCUUGUGGCGCGUUAGCUUCUGAGGACGGGGCGGUUCACAGCAACAGCUGCUCAGAUCCUGAUCACAAAACCAUCAACAGCAAGGGGCCGCCUGGCAGGAGUCCCAAGACUCUUAAUGGCCUGUUAAGCCCUCAUCUGGAGCAGCCGCUGACCCACAGCCAGACCUCUCUGUGUGAGAUGCUGCAGGAGAAGGAGAAGAAGUGGCCCGGAGGAAGAGGAGGAGGAGGAGGCAUCAGCAGCAUGGGAACCAUGGACCACUCCGCCCUCAUCCCACUGCGCUCCAAAAACUUCCGCGAGAGGAGCGACGCUCACUUCGUAGACGUGAUAAAGGAGGACAGUCUGAUGAAAGAUUACUUCUUCAAACCGCCCAUCAACAAGUUGAGCCACACUUUCAUAGACAAAUCCCUGGAGUCGUCUUACAGGACCAGCUACCAGGAUGAGACUGUUACUUUAGUCUUAAAACGAAGAGCCUUUUACCUGGACAGCGUUCUGAACUGCACCAGGACCCUCCUCUGGGCCAUUUCCGGCUGGGUUCCCCGUCACAUGAUCGGAGCAGUGCUGGUGUCUUUACCUGCCGUGGCUGUCUUCUCUCAUAUCACCUGCAAUAUGCAUGACUCCAUACAGUUCACCAUGUUCACCUGCUGUGCUGUCAUAAUUGCCAUCAUCCAGUACAGCAAUUUCUGCCAGCUCAGUUUCUGGAUGCGUUCAAGCCUGGCGACGCUAGCGGGACUCACCUUUCUCAGUGUGCUCUGGAGCCCCCCUUGCAGCACUUGGGAACGUUUAUUUUUGAGAUCCAGUGACUUCAACAGCAGCUUUAAUGACGUCCAGUCCCCUGCCGAAGAUUCAAUCCGACCGCAGGACCUGCUCGGCCCGGAAGCUUUGGUUGCCUUUUUCCUGUUGCUCCUCCUCGUUUGGUUCCUCAACCGCGAGUUCGAGGUGAGCUACCGUCUACACUACCACGGCAACGUGGAAGCAGACCAGCACCGCAUCAAGAUCCAGAACAUGCGGGACCAGGCCGACUGGCUCCUGCGCAACAUCAUCCCGAUCCACGUGGCCGAGCAGCUGAAGGUGACCCAGAGCUACUCGAAGAACCACGACAACGUGGGCGUCAUCUUCGCCAGCAUCGUCAACUUCAGCGAGUUCUACGAAGAGAGCUACGAAGGCGGGAAGGAGUGCUACCGCGUCCUGAACGAACUCAUUGGGGACUUCGACGAACUCUUGCGCAAAUCCGACUUUUCCAAUAUCGAGAAGAUCAAGACGAUUGGCGCCACCUACAUGGCGGCGUCAGGGCUCAAUACGCAACAGUGUAGCGAUCAAGCCCAUCCGCACGCUCACCUGCGAGCGCUUUUUGAAUUUUCUUUGGAAAUGAUGCGCGUUGUGGACGAUUUUAAUAAAAACAUGCUUGGCUUUAAAUUCAAGUUGCGAAUCGGGUUCAACCACGGAUCUCUUACCGCUGGAGUCAUCGGCACCACCAAGCUACUCUACGACAUCUGGGGCGACACGGUGAACAUCGCCAGCCGGAUGGACACAACUGGCGUGGAGUGUCGCGUUCAGGUUAGCGAGGAGAGCUACUGCGUGCUCAGUGGAAUGGACUACGAGUUCGACUACCGCGGUACCGUUAACGUGAAGGGCAAGGGUCAAAUGAAGACCUACCUUUACCCGAAGAGCUCAGACAGCGGACCUGUACCUCAAUACCAGCUCUCGGUCUCUCCGGAAAUCCGAGCGCAGGUGGAUGGCAGCAUCGGACGCUCGCCCACCGAUGAGAUCACCAAUAUGGUCCCAGCGGCCAAUGCUAGUAGAGUAGGCGCGUCAUUCUCUGUGAGCUCAGGACUUACCGGACAGGGUUUCGCUGGUAGAGACUUUCCCCAGACGGCUGGAAGCAAUGGUACAUCCAAGACUCAACGAUCUGCGUCUGUUGUUGGCCUGACUUGCAUACCGGAAACCAGCUUGAGAGCAAGUCCAGCGGUUUUCGGUAAACCACCGGACCCGACUUUGACCUCUCCUCCUGUCCGGGCAGAAAACACAGAAGCCGUUGCAAAAAUGGAGGGAGAAAUAGCGUAUAUGGGCGAAAUGACAAAACUUUGACUUGAAACAAGCCAACAUUGUUGUCGCUGUUGAAUUUAACCCUUUAAACACAGGCUCUCCGUUGAGUUUGUAGGGAUUGGCAUGUUUAGGGAUGUAUGCUAGCGUAGAUUUACAUCUGUGUAUGUGGAAAGUUUAAGCACACCACCUUGAAGUGUUUAUAGCGCUACCUGAACCAGGAGAUACUUUCACAUCUGGAUGGCGGUGCUGGACCGUAAAAACUCAGAGGAGCCACAGGAACCAUUUCUACAUGGGAUAAGAAAUGCUGAGGAGAUGCAUUGGGACAGCACAGACCUGAAGUCCCAUCCUUAAGUAGACCGCAGUUAUUCCUGCUAAUUUAAUUUCGAAUAUUAUUUCCCUCUAGCUCUUACUACUGUCUGCCUUUCGUGAAUGGUUUUCUUUUAAUGAAGUGCCUUUAGGAUGAUAUCAAUAUGUAUGAGGCAUUUUUAAAAAAGGAUUCUCAAUCAAAUCUUUAGAAGAUCUUAAGGAUUUAGCAUGUAAAUUUGACGUUAGAAAGCGCUGUAAUUUUUGUGAAAGUAUUUGAUAUAUUUUGGAAUAUUUGUAGAUAUUUUUGAGUUCUCUCUGUUGGACGUUCAUCAAUCAGUAUUCAACACAAUUUUACGAAGCCAAACUCUAUAUUGCGAUGAUUGCUGUUUUAAAAAAGACCCAAGAUAAAACCAUCGCGUUGAAUGGUGCAUGGCCUAAAGUGUCUGUGAAGAAGUAUUAACGAAAUGUAGAGCAAGCUAUGGGCUAAAAUCAUCUACAAUCAACAAUAUCAAACAUUUCUACAGUGUUUUAUAUUGAUGCAUGUAUUCCUAACUGUCUGAUUAUGGCCUUUCUGUCUCUUUUUUCUGCGAUUUUUCCUGUUGCUCUGCACUUUGCAGCUAAAUGCUUGAUUGGCUGACCAACACCUGAAUUUCGGAUGAGAUCUAACAGUGAGUUCUAAUACGACGUGGCAACUUUGCCUUAAUGCUAAUGAGAUUGUAGUCUUAAAGGACAAAAAUGCAUUCAUGAAUUAGCUACUGUGACUUUCAGACUUUACAUAAAAUAUAAAAAUGGGCAGUUGGUUUUAAGAUAUAGGCAUAGCUUGUUUACGAGUCAACAUAAAAUCAACAUUUGCUCUUCUAAAAAACAUUCCUAGUCUUAUUCUGGGGCGGGUUGCAUAAACUGCCUAGACUAGUCUUAAAAAGAGUUAGUCAUCUAAUUUCUUUUCUUCAAGACUGGUCAUAACUUUUUAAAGUCAGUUACAAAAAGGUAGACUGGUCUAAUGUGAAUCCAAAAAAUAAGACUGAUUACCCCUUGGCUAACUGCUAGUUGGUCAAACUAGUUUGUAAGACACAGUCUUAACAUAGUGUCUAUGUUUAUGCAACUGGCCUCUUCUGGACGAUUCAUCAGUGCACUUUGUCGAAAAAAGCAAAAAUGUUUGUCUUUGUAAUCUUUCGUCAAAAUUUAAACUUGCUCCGCCUCUGAAACGACUUUUCUUUUCAGUUGACGUCACCUAGGAUGCGCAGGCAUGGAAAAUAAUAAUAAUCAGUAGCUAAACAACAUUGUUUUAGGCUACUGUUGUAGGUAGUGCAGCAAUUUAAUAUUAAACAGAUUACGGCAAUAAUAGCAAAUAAUGAUAGAUUUGAAAACAACACUUUAAAAUUGGAAGUACUCUGUUCAAAAAUCUUUAAAUAUUGGGGAAAAAUGCUGGUAUCGUCUACGUCCACCAUCUAAUCAAUUACUGAUGGAUCAAAUUAAAUCAUAUCCUACUUUUUUUUUCUCAUGCAAUAUAAUGUUUCACUUAGAGUUACGUCAAAGUAUGAGUGUGCCGUUUCAUAUGGGCUUUGAUUUGAAUUAUCGUGCACUGGCAUCUUGAGCGGUAAAAGUUAAUUCAAUUAGUUCAAAUGUGAAAAAAGAAACUUUAACUGUACUCAAAUCUAAAGAGACAAGAAAUUAUGUUGCCAAUUAAGUCACCUGGCAUAACAGUAUGAUCUAGGUAACAUAUAUUUAGCCAGCCAGUCAUAUGUACAUACUCAUGUGAAUAUUAGAAUAGAUUAGACCAUAGCCUUGACUCUGCCUGCUUGUCUUUUGAUGUGCAAUAGUAAAGGGUAAAUUAUCGUAUGGAAUAUUAGCAAAAGGAAGUAGAUUUUAAUCUUUUUAACAUUGAGCUUUGUGAGUAACUUAAUCUGCACUGACACUGCAUACAUUAUAUGUCUCAUGAUUUAAGAAUGGAUGUUUUUACCUUUUGAUAGCGGUUUGAUGUCUUUGCUUUUUUCCUUGCAUUUUGGCUUUAUAAUGGGUGACCUGUAUUAGUUUAAAAGGGUUGGGUGCUCAACAAUUUUCUUUUGAUUUGUCAUGCUUCACAUUCAGUGGUGAUAUUUAUAGGAAUAUGAGAAAAUGUGAAAUGUAUAACUUUUCUUGACAUUGCUGUGAAUUUGCAGUUUGCCAAGAACCUAUACAUUUAAAAGGGAAUUGUUAUAAAAAGUGAUUGAUUUGCCAGUAUUUCGCAUUGUAUAUAUUAGUGCCUUUUACUCAUUUAAAAUGCAUUGACCAGUCAGAUGACGUCAUCCUGAUUAUCUGUUCAUUAUCAUACACUAAAUGCUUGUGUAUGAUAAAUGUCUUCAGAUUUAACGUUAUCUUUAGCGCUGUGCCUUUUAUUAACAAUUAGCUUGACGUGUCCAUUUUCACUGUAUAUUCCUUUUGAAUGUGAACUGCUCUUCAUUUGUAAAUGUACAGGAUGAAUAUUGUCAUUUUACUCCAAGGUGCCAUUCUAAUAUGUCCUUUUAUUCUGUGCUGAUUUUGAUACUGUUCAGUUGAUGUGUUUUUGGUGACACCAAGCAUAGCAAUCCAUGUAUUUAUAAUAUAUUUUAUAGGUCACAACUUUUGCUAAAUAAUAAAAGUGCCCUUGCUGUCUGGUGGGGGAAUGAGCACACAACCCUUAUGGGCUCUGUUUCAGAGUAGUAGAGCAAUAUAAAACUUGAUCCAACUAAAUAAGUAUUACGCUUCAGCUUCUGAACUGCUGCUUGAACUUAGCUUGACGAAGCACAUUUGUGUUUUUUAAUCAGUUAUUUUUAUGGAAAUCUGCUCCUUAUGAACUUUCCAUUCCAUUCUGUUUGAGACUUUAUUGUGAGGAAAGCAAAAAACACAUUUAGGGUGAAUGAAAGGACUGAACUAAUGUAUGAUAACAGAAGAGCCACAUUUUAUUUUAUUUUAUUUACAAUCACUUGAGUUGGCCCAUCUGAUGAUUACAAGCAAUUUGACAUAGGAAAUGUGUGCAUGUAAAAUUUGACACACAAAUGUGUGUCAACAAAAAUAUCACACACUGGGACUUCUUGCCAAAGAGUAUAUUUAUUCAAGAAUGUAUGAUUUUGAGUUUCUCUGUUUCUUUGGAGAAACCUUCAUUUAUAAACUCAAUCUGUAUUCAUUUGUAUAAAGUUUUUUUUUCUCCUAUGUUUAUACAUUUGCAUUGCUCUGUGUGUUGACAUAUAAUUUUUUUUGUAUUAUUUAUAUCAGUGCAUGUGCCAUACUGUUACAUCAAAGCUAAUGGAUGAAAAGGGAAAGCCAAUAAUACAGUGUUAAAGUCUGCGUUCUGUCUGUUGAUUUGUAAUGAAUCUAGGCUACCUUAAAAUUUGACAUUAACAGUAUCCUGCACACACACUACCACACAAGUCUAAUUUUG